UGUGAUGGUCAAGCUUGUUCUCCAUUCGCUCAAUGCUGUCCUGGAUUUUAUUGCAAGGAUGAAUCUGGGCUUACAUACUGUCAAAAGAAUCCACCAACUUUUAAUUAAAAAUAAUUUUAAACCCUUCAAUUUUCUUCUUUUUAUUCAAACGGGGAAUUUUCUUUCCUUUCUUUACUAUAAAAUUCUUUAUUUCGGUAAAAUUCAUGUUCGUCUUCCCCUUUUUCCUUCAUUUGUACAUAAUGGUCAGACUUUCUUUCUUCCUCAAUUCCACUUAAUUUUUCUGUGGCAUAUUCAAAUGAGAGACAUUGAUACAAAACAGUUUAAUUUUAAAUAUAAAUGGCCGCUUUUGACUGGAAUUAAUUAA